GAUACACCGAGAUUCUGGUCUCCCAACCGCUGGAAGCUAGAGGCAGGCGCCAUGGAGUACACGGGGAGCCAAUAUAUCGGGGAAUUUGUAGAUGGGAGGAUGGAGGGUGAAGCCGAAUACAUCCUCCCUACCGAAACAAAGUAUGUUGGGGAAAUGAAGGACGGCAUGUUUCAUGGCCAAGGAACCUUGUACUUCCCCGGUGGGAGCCGAUAUGAUGCCAUUUGGGAGAAAGGAUUGGUUGUAAAGGGCACAUACACCUUCUCAGACGGGCUGCAGUAUGACGCUGAGCACUGGCAUUACUGUGACACCUACGAUCGGAGGUUUUACACUGAGAUCUGCUAUGGCUUGAAGCCUGCAGGUAUCUCUCGACUCACCAAUAUGGACCCGCCCAGAAAAAUCCCUCCAGGCUGUUAUGACUGCGGAGAUGGCUUCUAUAACCCAACCACGAGGAUUGUCAAGGACUAUAAGAAUCGCUUUCUGAGAAAUGCAGAUGAUGACGAGCACGAGUGGAUCAUCCGGACGUGUCGGAAGGGCUGGGACGAGACCAUGGGUCCUAAGCCCAAGCCGUGAGCGCUAAGCCCCCUCGGUCACAAGCUUCCUUCUGUGCCCCUGGCAUUGGCUGGCCCGGGGAGCAGGCUGUAGUUUUAGAACCUGGCUUUUGACUCGGGAAUAAAAGCUUUCUGCCAUCAGUG